AGCCAAGCCAAGGCAUCCAGCACAGUCGGUUGUAAACAAUGGCAACACGCGGCUUCAGUUGCAAUUUAAAUUAACUUGCGAUGGCAGCGGAGACCAGCACGAAGACCAGCACCCUUCGCCUGGGCAUGUGCGAGGUGUGCGCCGCCAAGGAGGCGCGCUACGCGUGCCCCAAGUGCGAGGUGAAGACCUGCAGCCUGCCCUGCGUCCAGAUCCACAAGAAGGAGCUCGCCUGCGAUGGCCAGCGGGACCGCACCAAGUUCGUGCCCCUCAGCGAGAUGACGUCGCGCGAGUUCAUGAGCGACUACUGCUUCCUGGAGGAGUGCACCCGCUACGCGGAGAAUCGCAAGACCGAUCGGUGCAAGCGAUUCACCCACGACCAGCGCAAUCUCCCGGUGGCCCAGCACCGGAUGCGAACGGCGGCCAGGAAGCGCAACAUCAAUCUGCGCCUGCAGCUGGAGAACUUCAGCCGGCACAAGGAGAACACCACGUACCUGAACUGGAAGCUGGGCCGCUUCUACUGGCGCGUCGAGUGGCUCUUCGCCAACAUUCCGCUCGAGGCGCAGCAGCCGCGGGCUGUGGCCCGCUUCGUGGACGAUCGGUGCGACGAGGAGGUCAUCCUGUCCGACCUGGUCCUCAAGUAUGUGGAUCUGCAGCAGGAAACGGCGAGGGAUCACCGCAGACUGCUGGAAAACCACCAGACUGCCGGCAUUGGCCAGCUGAGUUUCUGGCUGAGAGCCGAGGGCGUGCGCCGCAGCUCCACGAGAUGCUACCGCCUGGAGGCGACCAAAACGCUGGGCGAGAACCUGGCCGGCAAGACCAUCGUGGAGUUCCCCACCAUCUUCGUUACCUACGAACCGAGGCCACCGGGCGGCCACGAAGCCAUCGACAGCAGUGAUGAACUGGAGGAGGAGGAGCCGCCUUUAACCAAAGCCAAACCAGAGCCACCGAGCAAUGCAACUCCCAUUCAAGAGGAUGCAGAUGAGCCACAUGAUGUCUACCACGAUCUGGCUGCAGCCUUUGCUGGCGAAGAUGUCAGUGAGCCUGAGGACGACGAGGAAUUCGAGGCACUUUACAGAGAACACGCGGAGCUGUAGAAACAAAGCCAGAGCCUGGAGGCUUGCCAAGAGUUCAACAGAGCACAGGAUCCCAGGGCUUAGGGCAGCGUUCCACUGCUCAGCAUUCAUAAAAAGGAAUCCAGUAACCUGAAAGGCCACCCUGGCCACCUUAACCACUGAUAAUUUAGUAAAUAAAACAAGUAGCUCUUA